ACAUCAUCGGGAGCCCACUGUCACUAUUUUGUUGUUAUUUUAUUGCGAACACAUCACCGUUUUCUAAUUCUAAAAACUCGUAUCAAGUUAAUUAAUAACUUCACAUAAAAAUUGAAUGCAUAAAAUUUUAACACAAUGGAUAUAACGUCGUUGUUCAAGGCUUCCGUAAAAACUGUUCGAUUAAAAUUAUCUGCGAGUGCCCCACUAGAACCAAAGCCAAACAAAUCUCGUAUUCUCGGCAAAAAACCUGCACAUGAAUUUUCGGAAAAAGCUAAAAAGAUACGUUUCCAAAUCACUCAACUUAAAAAUCUGCUUGUUGAAAACAGGGCCGCGUAUAUGCAGUUUGCGUAUCACCUUAAAAGUUCGACGCAAAUGAGUGAUGAUGAAAGGGACAUCAUCGAUCGAGAGUCAGAAAAUAUUAUCCGGAUGUGUACAGAAAUGCUGAACGAUUUUAAAACGGAGUGUCGCAAAGCUAAACGGACCAGGCAGAUGACCGAAUUUAUGGACCUAGUUAUCGAAGCCCUGUCCAAUUAUAUGAAUGAUGUGCACCACAUUGCAAAUGAACAGCGACAGUUCCGCAUACAGCGCGAAUUGGAAACGUACAAAUUUUUGAAGUUUUAUUCCGACAAGAAGGCUUUGCCUACUUUUCCUUCGCGUUUGUCCAACGGAGGCCUUUCGAAUGGAACCUCUCAGGCAGGUUGUAUUGAACAAAGCCAGCAAAACAGAAAACGGAACACUUGGUCGUUUGAAAAUAGCGAAAACGAGGAUGAGUUUGCUGAAAGCCUAGAGCAAUCACGAGCGAAGGCUGCCGCCCAAGAAGAAGAUAUUGUAAAUAGUAGUACAUUUUUGGAUGAAAAUGAAGAGCUAAGUGCAGAAGAUAUUCAGAUAUUCGAAUCGGAAAAUGUUCAGCUGUACAACGAGCUAAAAGGUCUUUCGGAGGAAGUCGAACAAAUCGAAAAGAAUGUAGUGGAAAUUGCCCAACUGCAAGAGGCUUUCACAGAGAAGAUAUCAUUGCAAAAAACUGACAUUGAGCGGAUUGCCAAUACAGUAGUUGGAGCGACCGAAAACGUUAAAGACGCCAACGAGCAGAUAAAGCAAGCAAUUCAACGAAAUGCAGGGCUUCGAGUUUGGGUUUUGUUUUUCCUCAUUGUUAUGUCUUUGACGUUAUUGUUCUUAGAUUGGUACAAUGACUGAUUUUCCCUGAGCUCAAAGUGAUAUACAUAAUAUGUACAGUUUUCGGAACAGUCUACUCACAAUAAAAUGUUUAGACGGCAUCAAUGUUCAGAUGCGGUUCGGGACGAGAUGAAAACCCCUGAAAAAAAAUUGUUCAGAUGGUCAGUAGUUUACGUACAGAUUUUUAUUUGAUUAUGUUUUAUUCGUUGAAUAUACAAACAAAAAUGCAAUGGUUUUUGUUUUCAAAUUCUUAUAUUCCGCUUCAAAGGUUGUUUUUUUUGAAUUAACAUGAGUGUUCCUUCAUGUACGAACGACAGAAGUUCGUACAUGACGGCACAAUGAGAAAAUUCUCUUCGGUAAGCCAAACCUUCAAUCAGUCAAUAAUCGAAACAAUCAUUCUCUUGUAGAUCAUCCUCCAUAAGCGGAAUCAUGUCCAGUUCAACCAGUUCAAUUACCAAUAAAAAGUCUUCCUUGUCUGAUAUCUUUUGUUGUCGCAACUUCCGAUUCAAGCUGUUAAUCAAACUUCGCGCAACAUUUAACCAUUUGAGAAAAGCGCGUUUUUCUUCUACGGUAAUAUGAAAAUACUCCGAAUAGCAGGUAUGAUCCAUUUCUAUGUCUUGUUUACUGCUG